UUUCCUAGUGCAUCGUCUUGAUGUACGAACGACGGUGACUGGGCACGACUUAGCAGUAGACGGUUCCCUUGAAACAUCCAAGAGACCUCGCACCGACAACCCUAAUGGCCACCCUCGGCGACAUCUUCUCCACCAUCUGCGUCGUCUCCCUUUUCUACUCCGGUACCUUGGCCAUCGACUUCAACUUCCCUGCCGUAUUCAACUUUGGCGAUUCCAACUCCGACACCGGCGAUCUCGUCGCCGCUGGUAUCGGGGAACCCCUCUUGCAUCCUAAUGGGAGGAGCUACUUCUCCAGGCCGGCUGGGAGAUUUUGCGACGGCCGCCUCGUCAUCGAUUUUCUUAUGGAUGCUAUAGACUUCCCCUUCUUGAAUGCAUACUUGAAUUCAAUUGGUAUGCCAAGCUUUCAGAAUGGUUGCAACUUUGCUGCGGCUGGAUCCACUAUUCUUCCACCUACAAAAUAUUCAGUCAGUCCAUUUUCCUUUGGGGUCCAGGUUGCUCAAUUUCUUCGAUUGAAAAAUGAAGUCCUUCAAUUACUAAGUGAAGGAAAACUGAAUGUUAAGUACAUGCCUCAAGCAGAUUACUUUAGUCAGGGACUUUAUAUGUUUGAUAUUGGCCAAAAUGAUCUUGCUAGUGCUUUUUAUUCCAAAAACGAGGACCAAGUCAUUGCUUCCAUUCCAACAAUACUGUCAGAGUUUGAAAGAGGCCUGAAGAAAUUAUAUGAACAAGGCGCUAGGAGAUUCUGGAUUCAUAAUACAGGUCCUCUUGGGUGCUUAGCACAAAAUAUAGCCAUUUUCGGGAAAGAUCCAUCAAAACAAGAUGAGCAUGGCUGUUUAAGUGCUCACAACCGAGCUGCUAAGCAGUUCAAUAUCCAGCUUCAUGCACUUUCUAAACAGUGUAGAUAUCUGUUUCCAGAUGCCAACAUAACCUAUGUUGAUGUCUUCACCAUUAAAUUCAACCUCAUAGCCAACUUUUCUCGAUAUGGAUUUGAACAUCCAGUUAUGGCAUGCUGUGGACAUGGUGGUCCUCCACUAAACUACCAUACAGAAAUAUCUUGUGGACAGACGAAGAUCCUCAAAGGACACAAAAUGACGGUCAAGGCUUGUGACGAUGCCACUGAACACCUUAACUGGGAUGGCAUACACUAUACAGAAGCUGCCAAUCUUCAUGUAGCUUCCCAGAUACUUUCUGGGCGAUACUCUGAUCCAUCAUUCAUUGAUGAUAUGCCGUUUGCUCUUAAACUGAAGUUUUAAAUUCGUUCUUUGAUUAUUUGCCGUUUCCCCCUGGACUAAAUUUCAAAUGGAUUGCCUGAACUGAAGUUUACUCUUCUCCUCUGGACUACUGAACUCGACGACCUACCCCUCUAAUCGAAAUUUCCUUCUUUUAUAAAAUUUGGAUAGUUGAAGCUUGCUUUUUUGGCAAGACAACGGCAUUUGGUGGUUGGAAGUAGAGCAGGAAAUGCAAUGUUCUUGUAAUGUGAUGUAGCACUUGUUUUUUCAGCUUAUUGGUAUUGCUAUUGUGUGGAUUCAAAAAAAGAAAGAUAGUAACUGUAGAAAAGUGGGCAUACCAUUAUGGACAUGGACGAUGAAGUAACGUGGACGUUAAAGAAAAUUAAAA